AAGUAUAUUUUACUGUACACAAGAUGGCAGCCUCCAUAAUAAGGACAAUGUUUUUAAGAUGUCAAGCUGCAGUAAGAUCAAAUGCUUUAACCUUACAGACAGUCCGAAAAUUGGAAACAUCUUUAGUUUGUAGAAGUUUCACAUGCCAAUCAGUUUUGUGGAAUGACAAAUGCGUGGAAGCUCCUGAAUUAAAGAAACUUGUUGACAAUUUGACAUACAAAUUUUCUGAAGCACGAGAAUUGUUAACUGAUGCGAGAGAAAGUCAAGACACAGUAUAUUUUAGUGAAGAUUUAGAAGAUGCUCAAAAAGCUGUAGAAGAAACAUUGACAGAAUAUAGACAAUUGCUGGAUAAACUCACAGAUCAACAAAGACAGGAAAUUAUCUCUACUAUUGGUUUAAGAAUGGAAGAAUUAAAGGCUCAACAAAGAGCAAUUGAAGAUCACCUAAAAGAUCAUCAUUGAUGAAAAAACUUUUUUUCUUUUUUUUUUAAGAUUAAAAUAUUUAUUACAUGCAA